AUGGACCACCAAGGACGAUGGACGAGCAGGAGCGACGACGAGAACCGCGGUGACGGCGUCCGGCUGCCCGAGCUUCCGGCGGCGACCAGCUCGAUGGCCGACCGACUGAGCGCGAUCAAGUCCAAGAUCGCACAGCGCAGCGUCGAGCACCGCCAGCGCAAUGCGGCGCCCGACCCGCCCGUCCCAUUCCGCGACGUGAGCUUGGAGCAGAUGAUGGAAGCCCGGUUGCAUGCACUCCAGCGUGACAUCGAGACGAAGCAGCCCAAGGCGACUCCUCGCGCCUUGCCACGACUGCCCGAAGCCGAGAUGACGGCCCUCGUCGAGCGCACGACCGCGCUCUCGCAGUUCCACGACGCCAAGGCGACGCUCGACGCAUCGCUGCAUGUCGUCCAAAGCAAAGUGCAUCGGGCCGACGAUGUGGCAGAGAACCUCCGUGACCAGGUCGAAGCACUCUACCAGCUCACGCCCGAAUUGGACUUUGACGCGCGGGCGACGCGGUGGCGAUCGAUUAUAGCGACGCGCACUGAGAGCCGCUUGCUGCGAGCCGACGCCGACGCGGCGCUGCAUGCGUUCGAACACACGGAGCUGCGGAAUCCGUACAGUGACCUCACCACACUGGCUGCGCUGACCGAAGCGCCGUCGUCCUCGCUGCCUGCAGCAACCCGCGACGUGUGGCUCAUUGGCCGGCGCAGCAUCGAAGUCAACUCCGACACGGUUGUCUACUACGGCGCGUACCUUCCGAGUCCGAGUGGAACCUCAAACGACCAAGGCAGCGGGGAUACCGACCGCCCCGUGGAUGGUCUGCGCUGGCUUGCGUGCUCCGCGGUCGCCGCCGAGCCGAGCCCGGUCGUGUCGUUUCGCAAGGGUACGGUCGAAGCAUGGGAUGUCGUGGGAGCUGGCAUGGAGGUGGUCAACGGCAUCUAUGUUCUCUCCGGUCGCUUCGAGCAAGCCAACAAGUACACGUCCGUGGCGGGCCUCGAGCUCUUCCGCAAGCGGUUUAGCAUGGCGACACAAUCAUUCGGGAGCACCGAGAUGGAUGCGCUGUCGCCGGGCCAGCUUGAGCAUCUCGAUCCGGCCAGCACGGGGCUGCCGCUGCCCCUUCGUGCCCGCUACUCGGAACAGGACUUCCACGUCCUGUCGCAGAUUGGGUCCUGGCUCGCAACGCAAGAGGUCAAGGCCAAGACCCACGCGGAAGCCAUCAAAGAGUCCCACCGCAAGGUCCAGUCCGUCGACGGGUCGAGCGUCGACGACGUUGUGACGGUGCAGACACACGUGACGGUGCCGAUGCCGCUCGUGCCGUCGCGCGCACAUGCCGUGCCGCCGAUUUGCCGCGCGUGGGUGCUACUGCAGUGCCGUGUGAGCGACUGCAAGCGACGUCAUUACUACAUCUCCCACGCCGAGCGGGAUGCAAUGACGUUAUGGCAAGAAGAUCUCGAGGCCAACCUCGACUUGACAACGCUCAAAGCCAUCACGGCGCGCGAGCUUCUCAUGGAGCAGGCGCGCGCAGUCGGCGCCAAAGCCAUGUCCAAGUACCAAGCCAACAUGGUCCAGGAGACCAAAAAGCAAGUGCAGAAGCUCGUGCAUGUCGUCAACGCCCUGCGUCUCGCCAACGUGCGCGUUGUCGAGGCCAUUGUAGCGUGGCGCACGCACGCCCAAGCCUCGGGGCGUCUCUCGAUGCUACACGCGGCUGCCGACGACGCAUCCUCGUCGCUUGGCUGGAGCGUGAGCCUCACCGUGCUCACGGGCAAAUACCUCUAUCGCGGCUCCAACGCCUUUCUGUCCAAAAUCAAACGUUACUGCCGCGACGCCGACGUGCACGGUGAGAAGGAGACCCAAGUGCGGUACUUGGGAUGCUACCCGACCAAAGUCCAAGCCGAAGCUGCGUACGACAGUGCAGUCGUCUCGGAGGCGCGGCGAUUGCAUACAACCGUCGACCACAUGCCCCGCAAGCGCUAUGUGUUUCUCUCGUGCGGCGCCCACUGUGCGAUCGAGAGCGAUCUUCGCCAUCGCUCAAGCGCCAAGACUGUCUGCGUUGAAUGCCGAACCCGCGCGCAAACCAAGGUCGAGCCGUGGAUACCGACGUACGUCUGGCACAACGUCAACUACCUUCUCAAGAUGGGCUCGGACUUGAGCUUCCUCGAGGCCAUUACACCCUUGCGCCUCUAUGUCGGUCCGUCCUUUCCGCUCCACGGCAACCCGUUUUUGAUUCCUACCGAGACGCCGCGUGACGCCAAGCGGUUCCUCGAGCUUGCGUUGCCGUCGUCAUCGCCCAACGAGCUCUUACCGACCGCAGCUUUUACGCGUCACGCCGACAACCUCGUGACGUGGACGCACCCCGAGACGGACGCCACGUAUGUGGCGAAUUCACACCACCUCGUGCGCUUGACAUCGAACAACGUCGAGACGCAGUACGAAGUACUCGACAUGCACCGGCUAUUUGAAGCGCAAAAAGUGUACUUGCGCGAACUUAGUCGCAACAACCUCGAUGCACUCGACACUGCGACGCAGGACGCGCUGAAGACGCCGUCGACGCUGCCCUUGGAAGAAGACCCGACCAUGCGCAUCGUGCAGGCGCUGUACUGGGACCGGUGCGCGGCGCUUCGCAUUGAACAAGUGCGCCCACCGCGCGCGUACAAGCUCCCAAACGUCUGGUGCCGCACCGACCUUGGCGAGUGGGCAGGCUUUCGCGUGCGCGGCAAGCACAUUCGGCACCACGCGUUCGAGUCCAAGCUCCACGAGACGGGCAAGAAGAACAUUCAAACGCGGGCGGCAUUUGUGGCGCGGCUGCGGAGCUACAUGCAGCAGCCGCUAGAAGCGCUCUCUCGGCGCGCAAUGGUCGACCUCCUUGCCGAAGCCGAGGUGGUGCGCGGGGACUUGGUGUACUUGGAGGCGGAGAAUUUGCGGCGGUUUUUGGCCAAGUACGAUGCCAUGACAGCGGCCGCGUGGGCGCUGCAGUUGUGGUGGCGCCAGAAGCUCGCACGCUGGAUCGCACGUCUUCGCGUGCUUGCACUGCGUACGCUGGCCCACGCUCGACGCCAGUUUGAACAAACCGUCGCCAGCGUCGCCAACGGGCUGUACGCGGCCGUCGUGGCCGCCGCGACCCAGCGGGCAACGCAGCGCCUCCGUGACGGCGUCGUGUCGACGUGCCUCAAGUUGGACGGCGAGCACGUCAUCGUGACAUACCAUUCGAUGGACCACUACGACACGACCAACGAUGACGUCGAUCAUCGCCGCACCCCGUGCAGCCACUGCUUGCGCAUGGCGUACCACCGCAGUGUGCAACUCGAGAGCUUUCGCUUUCGUCAAGAGAGAAGCCUUUGCUACUGCGGCAAGCGCCGGGAUCCCGAACGCAUCCUCGUGCGCGCGUACAACCCUGCAACCAACGACAUCUACCGCAUUUUGAUUGGCAACGAACAACUGCGCCAGCGUGUGCGCCCGCAUGUGGACGGCAAUCUUCGGCGCGCGUGCGACUUGCUCUCGCUGCCGACCGACCGCAUCCUCGGGUACGACCUCAACGCCAUCGGUGGUCGGCCGCGCACGAGCUGGGACCCGAUCCGCGAGGCUGCGCGGGCCCACGCGGCCGCCAGCGCGGCUGAGACCCUCGCUGCCUCCCGCGAGGCCCUCGCCGCGACCAAAUGGUCGCAGUAUACGGCUUGGCGGGCACUGCAUACCGACAGUUUGCACCGCAAAAAAAGCGCGUGGACCGUGUACCAGAAAACGCUCGCGCAAGUCGAGCGGUCGGUGAGCACCCUCACGUCGGCCUCCGUGCAUGCCAAGGCGGCUGUUGCGUUCUCUGAGAAGGGCCGGACGACGUUUGCCGGCGAAGCGUCGUGGGACCCGCUCGAGAACGCCAACAACUGGCGCCUCCUCGUCGCAAAGCGCCAGUCAGCACGCGACGUGGUUGAGAAAGAAGCUCAGUUUCAAGCCGCUCGGCAUGCGUGGUUCCACGCCGACAUGGACGAGGCAAGCGCACGAGCGCUCACAGCCCACGCCAAAGAGCGGUACGAUGGUGUUGCGGCCGACGCCAAGCGCACACGACUGCUCGCAAACGACUACCGCGCCAUGGCGACAGCCGCGCUGCUCAUGCUGCGGGCGACGACUCGAGUGCUCAACUCGCUCCUGACGCUGCGCCAGUUUGCAUCCGUGCCCAUCCGCCGCACGCUGGUGCUUUUAGACGGCCCCGUCUUACAGCACUACCACGGACGACCCACCGCCCUCCACGCGGCCGUGUAUCGUCGCCGAUUUGCCUACAACCUGCUGGCGGCAAGGGCAAGAAUGGUGCGGAUGGACCCGAUUCCCCACGAUGCCAGGCGCCAAGAGCUCUGGAUGCUGCAAGUGCGCAUGCUGGCCGAGUCGACGGAGCGCGACGAAGGCGUCCUUGUCACAGCGUACCGUCCAACCGACGCCAAGACGGUGGAUACGUGGGUCGAGUGGCGUUUCCUGCACUUGCUCGUCGACUGCCCGCGGUUCCGGGACCCUCAUUUGGCCAUCUUUACGAAGCAACAUGCGAUCGCCGCAGCCAAGACGCGUCACGGCAACGCCAUGAUGCAAAAGCGCCUCGUCAUGACGGCCCGGGCCCAUAUUUUGAUGGCGCUCGUGCGUCUCAACACGUUUACAGCCGAGAUUGACGUGACGCGGCUGGCGUAUUUUCGACUCCGCGAAGUGCUCCACCGACGGCUUCUCCAAAGCCAUUGGUGGCACGACGUGCUCGCAGGUCGCAAGCGCGGCCGCGGUGACGAGGUCUAUCGGCAAGCGGCCAACGUGGACGGACGCCGGUGCCACGUGCUCAUCUUUGAAAACUACGGCGACCUUUGCAUCCUCGUGUACGAGCCUCGCUCGCGGAACCACUGGACGGUCGCUGUCCCGCUCGCCGCGUCGAUUCAUGCGCUGCGGUGGUCGCCCGAGAAGCUCGGUCAUUGGCUUGCAUGUGUCCGCACCAACAAGUACGCAGACGCGGUGUUUGUACCGCUCUUGCAGCACUUGACGAUCCAUGCGACGCAUGGGCUGCUGUUUGCUCGAUCGUCUGACAAAAUUGUGUGGCGCGGCGUCCGCUUUGUCUGCGACCGGUACCUUCUCAUCACGAUUCGCCAAGAUGCGUGGCUGGGCCUCCGACUGCGUGUUGUCAGCGACCACCACGCUCACGCGCCGCUUCGAGGAGAGAUAUCGAUCGACGCGCACGGCUGCCGCAUCUUGUUUCCAAACAUGGCACCUGGCGCCGAGAUGUUUGCCAAGCUGGCCGAUAUGGUGACGUUGGCGCCGUCAUCACCGCACGUAGCGACGGACGGCGAUGCGCUCUCGGCCGCGAUCUCGGCCUUUAACGCGUGGAUCGAGACCACCACGCGCUGGCGCAACCCGCUGCGCCCGAUGGACCCGGAGACCGCGCGGCUGUGGGCAUGCCUCAUCGACGCCAAGAAGCUGCGGCAUGCACUGGCGUCGGCGGCCACGGUGGUGCUAACGCACGAGGUUCCGCUACAGGACAAGAUGCGUCGCUGUGUGUAUGCAACCGACUACAUACUCGACGCACAUCGCGACCUGCAAGCCAAAAUCGAAGUGCUGCCGCGCCACGGUGCCAUGGUGCUUCGCCUGCGGCGGGAGCUCUUUCAAGAGUGGGAAGCGCGCCAGGAAGGCAAGCAGCGGGCUGCCAUGGCUGCUGAAGAAGCGCGCACACACCUCUCGAUCCUCCAUGCUCGGCGCGGCGCCAUCCACGCUGCACUGCGACAGUACCAUCGUCGGCUGCGGGAUCUUCAAGCCGACUUGGCAGCGUCGACAGUCGUGGUGGCAUCGGUCUUGGAGACACAGCACCGACGGCAGUGCUCGCUCCGUGCGAUGCAGUACAUUCUAACCAUGGCGGUGCACGAAGUUGCUGGAGGCGACAGCGGGCUUCAAGAGUAUGCACUCAGCGUCGGGCAUGCUAUCGAGUGGCUCGAGGCGCCGCCGUAUGCAUCGAGCUGCGUCUACCUCAAGCCCGCCACGACCAUCUACCGGCCCAACGCGGCCGCAACGCUGGCGACAACCGCCGUCGUCGGCGCAUUUGCUCGACCACUGCAGUUUUUUGUCUACAUUUACGUGACCGAUGCCAGCGAAGUCUGGCAAGUCGAAGCCUACUGCAAAACAAUCGGCGUCCUACUGACCCACUUCAUAUCGGUUGCCGGCUUUGUCCAGGAGGUGGACCAUCGCCUACCAGCGCUGUCUCCAUCCGCGAUCAACACCAAGGCACUCAACUGGCUCGCACAGUCAUUUGCGGUGACCGACACGGACGCAUCCGCGACCAUGGCGCAGCUCUGGGCCCAUCUGGUCGCCGCACGACAUGAGCGGCAGUUCCUUUUCCAAACGCUCCGUCGUCUCACUACGUUUGAAGGUGUGGGAGCGCUUUUGCAGAGCGGUCCCUCUGGGUUUCUGCGGCGAGAUGCGCUGCAACGCGCCCUUGACGUUGUUGACACGGCGGUUGCCCUAGCCCUGGACGACGCCGCCCAGUUGGCGGACACUGACGUGGCGGGGUACUUUCAUCUCGCAUGCGAUCCCGACGGGCUUCCAGCGACAACGACGACGAUAGCUAGUGGUACCAGCUGCGUUGCGAGCUCACCAGCGCCCAGUGAGCACGUCAUGUCCGAGUACGGCAUGCUCCUCCAUGUCGAUGCAUCGCUCGGUAUCGACGAGGUCUUUGCCGAUACAUGGACACCCGACGUGGCUGCGUCCGUGCUCGGCUCAUCUCCUAUCGCCGUGAUCCCGGCACUCUACGGCACGCUCUUUGCAGCGCGGUCGGGGACCGACGUCAAUGUUCGAGCGACGACGCUCGCCAACGAUGCUGUUGUGGUGUACGGCCCUGCGCUCUUCACGACGACGUUGCAGCAUUUCCAUGACCUGGUGCUGGCGACGCAGUGGACGUCCGAGUUCGCGACAGCAAAGAAGAAGGUGGUGCCUCGCCGCGGCGCCAAGCCCAUCGCUGCCUGGCGCACCUACGCCAGCGACCGCAUGCGACUCGCACGAGCCGCCAAGCCCAACCAGUCGCAUCUGCCGCGCCCCGCGCCAGUCGUCGCAGUGACCCGCAACGAUAGCGGGCCGCCUGGCACGGAGCUCUCAACGCUCUGCCAGUACAAAGUGUCUCGUAAUGCGCUCGAGCUGCUCGACGGGUACGCGAGGCAGGUUCACGGAGGCGACAUGUCGCUGCCAGAGCUCGCAGCGCAGCGAUUGCUCGAUGCCAUCGCAGUGGAAACGGGCUCGGGCGUCCUCGCAACCAAGCCAUUGGACCUUGCACGCGUCUAUUCGGGCAGCCUCUCCGUGCCGCUCGACCAGCCCAAGACUGGCGAGAGCGAUGACGUUAUCACUUCCCACAUGGUCCCACUGCACGUCGAUGUGCGCGUCAACAACAUCGAGCACCCGACAGCGCUUGUCGUUGACGCAUACGAUGCGUCAUCACGUACGCACGACUACCGCGUCACGAUUGGUGUCGACGACAUGCGCAUCCUCGUGCCGCGACGGCCUGUGCACGGCGACGCGUGGGCCACCCUCGCUGUCCACUGCCUUCCGCACCUGACUCUUUGUCAUCGCAACGGCCGGCGGUGCCUCGCCUUCUUGGCGCCGACGCGGUCGGUGGCGGUGACGAGCAUUGCGCCGCCGACAGUUGAGCCGUUGCCCCACCCAUUUGCGCCGUUUCCACACCCUGCCGCUCCGUUCACAAAGGUCGACGCGCUCGCCGAGACCAUGGUUCUGGCACGGCUGCAAAAGCACACGCUGUCAUCGAUCCAAGCGCGCAUGGCGGACCGGCAAGCGGCCAUGGCUCUGCACAGCGCCAAGGCCGCGCUCGAGUGGGAGCGCAUGGAAGCGGCCGAUGCCGAGAGCACCGCCGAUCGCGGCUAUUUGACACUGCCGACGAAGGCCUUGCACAAGCUCAAGACCGCGUACGACAAGGGUAUGGCGAAGGCAGCAGCGACCGACGUUGGUCGUGUACGCGCCUUUUGGUCGUCGCUGGCGUCGACUUUGCACUUGCCGGACGACGUGCUGCCGGAUGCGGUUACCGUCGGCUUGCCGUCGUUCUACGUCGUCGCCGAGCUCUGGCGACAGUACCAGGUGACACCACAAACAACACCGGAGGGUACCCCGUAG